CUUCUACUCUUUCUGUUCUUGUCUUUCUGGGUUCUUUAUUUGAGUUUGUCUGCAGGUUGCGAGUUGUCUUGAUUGAUUAUUAUCGAGGGAUUUUCUCACUCUGUUUUACCCAACUCUUUAGUGAUUAUAUGUUUGGAUGUAUCACUUGUCUCUCUAAUUUGAUGGGCAUGAUUCUUUUAACUCAACUGGUGUGACCUUCUUGCUGCAUUCAGAAGUAGUUCUCCAUUUCACAUUGCUAGAUUUAUGCUGCUACACCAUCAUUAACCCCCUCACAACAUUGAUGUCGAUCUAGGAUACCACAAACGGUCCUCUCUGCCAUUUCCUGCCCGCAUUUUGCCAGUGCUGAGUAAUGAUUAUAAGAGUGACUGCGGCAGUAAUUGGGGGUCUUGUUGGCUGGGCAUAUCUGGCAAUGAAGCCUCCCCCUCCUAAAAUUUGUGGAUCACAGGGUGGUCCUCCUGUUACUUCUCCUAGAGUGCAGCUCAGCGAUGGCAGGCAUUUGGCCUACAAAGAGAAAGGUGUCCCAAUGGAAGAGGCUAAGUACAAGAUCAUUAUCAUUCAUGGCUUUGAUAGCUCCAAAGACUUAGAUUUACCUGUCUCUCAAGAACUUAUAGAGGAGCUACGGAUAUAUUUCUUGUUAUUCGACCGAGCAGGUUAUGGAGAGAGUGAUCCAAAUCCAAAACGAUCAGUCAAGAGUGAAGCAUUUGAUAUUCAAGAACUAGCUGACAAGUUAAAUAUUGGUUCUAAGUUUUAUUUGAUUGGAGUAUCCAUGGGAGCAUAUCCAAUUUGGAGUUGCCUAAAAUACAUCCCACAUAGGUUGUCUGGGGCUUCCUUAGUGGUUCCAAUGGUCAAUUACUGGUGGCCUUGUCUUCCUCCUAGUGUAUCAAAACAAGGCUUCAAAAGACUUCUCGCGCAAGACCAGUGGUCAUUUCGAGUUGCGCAUUAUACUCCUUGGCUUUUUUACUGGUGGAUGACUCAGAAAUGGUUCCCUUCACUAAGUAUAAUGACAGGAAACAUGGCCAUUUUCUGCAAGCAAGAUUUAGAGAUGAUAAAAAUGUUGUCAGAUGGCCCUAGUGUUGGUCAGUUUGUGAUAGGAGCAAUGGCAUCUAAAAAGGAUUCAUACAAGAUUGAGAAGUUCGAUGGUUCGAAUUUCAGAUUCUGUAAGAUGCAGAUGAAAGAUUAUCUAUAUCAACAAGACUUGUACUUGCCAUUGGACGAGAAGCCACGGACCAUAAAGGAUGAGGAAUGGAAGGUGUCAAAUCGCAAAGCCCUAGGAGCAGUUCAUCCCAGUUUAAUGAGAUCUAAUGCCUUUAAUGUCAAAGAUCAGUAUACAAUUGCAGGACUCAUAAAGCUCUCUCCAAUAUGUACGAGGAACCUUCUGCAGCCCACAAGGAAAAGGUACGGCAACAAGGUGUUCACGAGUCGCUGUAUCGAGACAUUUUGGCUGGCUAUGGCGAAUGGGAAUUUGACCCCUUGGACAUAGCCAAUCCUUUCCCAGAAAACGAGGGCUCGGUUCACAUCUGGCAAGGGCACGAGGACAAGAUUAUCCCGUUUCAAAUAAACCGCCAUAUCGCAAAAGAGCUCCCCUGGAUUUGCUACCAUGAGGUCCCUGAUGCCGGGCA